AUUGCCCCGCCAAGCCCCCUUAUCUCCUUCGUGCGCAAGACUACUAGUCUUGAUGAUACCUUUCAGGCGCCAAAUGGUUCCGCCAACCAAAAGAUGCACUCUCAGCUUGUCGGCAUUACCGAGAAGCUUGUCGGUAGGGCCGAGCAGCUCGCCGUUGCAGCCCGCUACCCACGUGAGAACCUCUUCUUUUCCAUAAUCCAGGAACCAGCAUCAUCAUAG